GCGGUUUGACGUUUUAAUAUACUAACACUCUCAAACAGUUGUAAGCAUCAGAGUGUGUAAUUUAAUGUAUACGUGUAGACUUUUGUGUAGAAUUUCAUUCGUGUAUAGUCACGCCGAUGCCGACCAAUACAACUAUAGUUGAUUGAAACAAGAGGGAACAAAUUAACUGAAUGCAAGCCAAACAAUUCAAUUGUGUGUUAGUUUCAGUUGAGCCCCAGACUCAUUAUCAUGACACGCAAUAUUGCCGUUCAUCUACACGUUAUUCAUAUGUUUUUAUCAAGAUAUGUUUUUAUCUUAUUAAAUUUUGUGCCAUAGAAAUGAUUAAUAGAAUAAGUGAAUUUUUGCUAUGAAGAGAAAUCAAUAUUUUGGUGUUCAGCAAGUGUUUUGUAAUUACAUACAUACUAUAUGUAAAAAAAAAAUUUGAAUUAUUGUAAAUGCGCUAUUCUCGUCAUCAAUGUUAUCGAACCAGAAAAUACCUAUUGCAUAAAACAGUGUUUUAAGACAAAUUGAAAGAAGUUUUGUUGUUUCUGUAAAUGAUCAAUCAACAAGCCUGGGAGUAGAGAGUCGACUAUAAUUUGAAGUGUUCAGUGCAAAAAAUUACAAUGGUAAUUGAUAUUAAUUAUUCGAUCCAAUAAGCUGGCUCUAGUUUAGUUGGGAUUGCUAAUUUCUCCAAUCUGAAGGUGCAGUGAAAGGUUGUGAAGCAGCAUAAAAUACAGACGAAGUAGUGCAGAAAAUCAGACAUUUUAAACAAACCAAUAACUGUCCACUAUGAAUUGAAAUUAGAUAAAGAAAAUGGCAAUUUCUCUACUUUAGUGGAAUAAAUGUCAUUAAAAGUCGUCAGACAUCGUCGAAAUUACAUUUAUUCACGCAUUGCUUUCGAUUUAAUUCUUCAGGACGAACUGAAUUCUGAAGAAAUGGUUUCGGAGUGGAAAACCCCGUGUAGUAGUGAAUUUGGAUCGCUCGAAACUAAUUGUGUGAAACGACUUGAAUUUAAAGAAACAGAAGAAAUAACAAAUCGGAUUGUCGAUUUGGAUUUGGGUACGAAUAAUAAUAAUGGGCAUGGUGAUGGAAAUGACAGUGGAGUUGAUGCAGGUGCUACAAACAUAAUCCAGUUGCAGAGGGCAUUGAGCAACAAUAGUGCCGGUUAUGCGAGCAGUUCAGGUGGCUUGGAUGCACAAUUUGCUUCAUGCAAUUCAAGUUUAUUGAGUGUUUGCUCAGAUGCACAUGAUGACAAAACAACCGUACUAAGUUGUAAAAGAGGCAUAGAUUGUAUGAGUGAGAAUGGUAGUGAAAGUUCAUCGUUAAGUGGUGACAGACAACAAAGACUUAGACAAACGCCGGCGAAAAAGCGAAUUGGACUAGCUGUUGAAGCUAACCAACCGAAAUCGCCCUGGAACACUGAUGGCACGAGCAAAAAUCGUGUAAGAGCCGCUUCAGCCAACAGAGUGAUGAGCCACCGUACGUAUGGAGCUCCAAUUUUGGCUACCUCCGAACGGGCAAGAUCGCGUGAUAGGCAAAUAUCAUCAAAUUCACAAUCAUCACCGACGAAACGAUUGAGACCCAAUUUAUCGUUGCCUACAAGUGUCAAAGAUGGUUCUCCUCUUCAGCAAAAACCUUCGACAUUGAGGCGUUCGUCAUCCGCGGCCAGGAGAACCACUCACCAAAUUACACCUAUAUCUACACCUACGACAGAUCAACGGAAGAUGGUUGCAUCAACGGAAGAUGGUCGAUGGCCGUUUCGAUCAGCGGUAAAAGUUCAGAGUCGUAACACAAAUGAAACGUUGAUAAUAAAGACCAAAGUUGGGCCAAUGUGUUUGACAACGCCACGAAGAAAGAAAGUCAAAUCCGAAGAAGACCUAAGCGAAUGGCAAUCAAACCGAAGAAGUGUCGAUCCAAUUGCAAGAGAUCGAAUGUCUUCCUCAACGAUUGUAAGAAGACAAUCAACACGAGAAUCUCCAAAUAAAGGACAAUUUCCACCGCGAUAUCAAAAACCCACAUCAAAAACGCUCAUCUACCAUGAAGCGUCAAUACAAACAGCACUUACUAGCCAAGACAACGCAUUUUGCGGAAAUGCAAAAGAAGUUCAAAUCGAUGCUGCUAUCAAAAUUCAUCGGGAGAGCCAAGUUGACAUUCGAGAUACGGAAAUCGAAAAACUUGAAGAAAAGCUUGAAGCAAUGGAUGCGGACAACAAAAAACUUCGACAGAAUUUAUUAGAACGAUCCCAGUUGCUGACGUCAAUGGAGAGCCAAUUAAACCGUGAGCGUGAAGAAAAAGCCGCUAUGAAAAAGGAGCUGCAAAGUAGUACAGCACGGGUUCUUGGAAUGCUUGAACUUGUGAAUGCAACACCCAAUACAGAAUCUUCUACAUCAUGUGACAGCCUCUUGAUGCUUGAGUCACGAAUUCAACUUUCUGGCCAUGCACUUGAAGAAAAACAGAUUGAAAUCAACACGUUACGUCAUCUGUGUAAUCAGCUUCAAGUUGAAAUGAAUAGAUCAAUUCAAGGGCAACAGAAUCUAUUGGAAGAAAGAAAAUGUUUUGAAAAAGAAUCGUCAGAGUUGCAGGAUUUUCUGCAAGAUGAAAAAGCGGCCAUUUGUGAGGCAUUAAGAGAUGCAGAAAACGAAAUCGAAAAAUAUGACGAGAAAUUGAAGCAAAAAGAUCAAGAGGUGGAACGAUUGCAAGAUGAAUGUCGACACUUGGUGAGGAUUUCGGAGCAAAGAAGACAAGAGUUUCUUGGGAUGCAAACCAAAUAUAUUGCACUGGAAUCAACGAGUAAAAUUCUGGUUGCACAACAGAGUUACGUUUCUGGUGCUACACUUGCACUCUCCGAUCUUGGCUCACGUUUAAUUGAUCUCGUCGGACAGCUAGUUGCUUCCUAUAACAUUUCCGAACAAGAUCUCGAGGACAUAGUUUAUCAUAACGAAGCGUAUGCUAAUAGUGAAGAAUCGACACUUGAUAAUGAAAACAAGCCAAUAAAUGAUGAAUCGACGUCGACGCAGCGUUUCCAAUCGUUCAUUACAGCCGUAUUAAUUGCCAUUAAGAAUACAGCUUCCACAGCUAAAGAUCAAGUUAAUCAACCAGUUAUCAAACUGAAGUCGAUUUCGCAUGAAAGUACCGAUGGCGCAGAAAUGUUAGAUUCAGAGACUGAACCAUGUUUAAUGAUGGAAGAUGUGUCUAAGCCCGAUUCACAUACACAAAAUCUUAUUUCGUCGUGUUCUUUGGGUGACAAUCAAGAAGACUCCUUACAAAUGCUAUGCGAGGCGAUUGCAAAUCGGCAAAAAAUUGAAGAACAGACGACCAUGAUGCUACUGAACCAAUCAAUGCAUAGCGAAACAGAUAUAAGUGAUAGUGAAGCCAUUCCUGUCCAAUCUUUAGUAGAUCAUGUUAUUAAUGUAGACAAUUUAGUAACAAAACUACUUAAAGUUUUACGCAUCAUUCAAAUCGAUUACAUCAAUGAAAAGAAUACUUUUCAACUGAAUAAAACGAUGGAGAAUUCAAAAUUGAAUAAAAAUCUGAAAAAUAAAAAAAAUAUUGAUUUGGACCAUAUCCACACAGAUGAACGAACUGAAAUCAAUACGCAAAAUAUUCCCAAUACCGCCAAUUACUCGAUCAACGACGAUACGAGGUCCAAUGGAAUUGAGCUGAAUUUGAACUCACAGAAUUGUGCAGGCGAAAAAUGCCAAAAUGACACAAUCGCCAAAGCAAUUGAGACGUUAAACGGAAUUCAGUCAAUUGUACGAGUAUGUCCGGCGUUAAUUGAUCUACAACGGGACCUGGAACAAAUGCUUCCAUCUGACUGUAACGCAAAUAGUCAAUUUGAAUGAAUUCUCAUCUCUGAAGAAGCUGUACUUACAUUGAAUUUUAACAAUAAAUACAAAAUGUUGUUAAAUUUAUUAUUAAAAUCACAAACAAA